AUGUCUUCUUUGAGAAUGAUUAUCCAGCUACUCUCACUUCUCUUCCUAAUAACUAUAUUCGUUACUUCCGGUCGUUUCCUCGACGAAUUCGACCCUGUCCCGUCAUCUGCCACCACGCCAUUGGAAACUGACUAUGGUGGAGGCAUGGUCGGAGUUGAGACAAAUACGGCCGUCAUGGGGAUUCAAGUUCCGUUAUCUAAUUGUAACCACGCUAACCUUCCAUUAGGUAACGAUGUCCACUUGACCAGUUACAUUGACAAUGUCCUCGUCACCAAAUUUGUCGAGAGAAGUGCAUGA